ACCGUGUUGUUAGUUGUAGUCGCUGUUCGCAACCAGUGGUCGCCGGACGUACCACGAUCUUGGAUUUCUUUGUUGUUUUUUUAGUGUUGAAUCGAGUUGUAGCUAAUUGUUUAUUGUGAAUGUAUAGUGUAACGGUAUAACGCAAGCGGAACACAUCGGCCGCCGUUUGAGAUCGUAUGGCGUUGACAACAGAAUCAGCUUAACCAGUGACAUAUCUUACGCCAGAAUAAUGCCCCGUCUCGAGCAACCACCUCCCGAGGACUUUCGCCGGGUGCUCCGCGAAAAAGCCUUGAGCCAUAGUUUGUUCUACCUGAAACUCGGCGCCGGAGUAUCGCCAGGGCAAGCGCGAGAGUCGGCACCGCUGCAGCUAUCACGACGAGCGAGCGACAGUACGGGCAUGCGCGCGCCAUCGAACGCGCGCGUCUCUCGACACGCGCAGCCGCGCGUCUCCGAGCUACUGCGACGUUUCGAGCCAGCCCCCAUGCAAUAUUUGCGUAUCCCACGCGCUUCCAGCCCUUUAGAAGACAUCAGUUCAUCGGAUGAUGAUGACAGAGCAGCCGUCAGACGGCGUAGCCGCGAUCUGAGCGACGAUUCCGCCGUGGAACUGGAACCACGAAGACGGCACUCGCACCCUCGCGACAUCACCCCCCCACCGGACGCGAUGUCCCCCAGACGGGAGCGGACUCUAAUUGAAGCUCACGUCGUGGAACUGGGGCGAAGGGGCAGCGAAGGGUGCGAGACAAGAGGAAGGUGUGUGAGAACUCCCAGCGUCGUUGUUAGUGAUUAUUCCGAUGGUGUGGCCGUCGGUGCGACUGAGGAAGAAGUGGACUGGCUGAGGUCGAGGUCGCUGUCGGCGGAUUCAGCGUGCUCGUCGUGCUCCACACUCUCUAGUCGCGACGACGAGGAGUUUGAGUCUCCAACGCUGCCGAAAAAGCAAUCGGAGAGAUGGAGGAAGCUCCGGAACAUAGUGCAAUGGACACCGUUCUUCCAAACCUACAAAAAGCAACGAUAUCCCUGGGUGCAGUUGGCUGGUCACCAGGGAAACUUCAAGGCUGGGCCAGACCAGGGCACAAUAUUGAAGAAGCUGAGUCCACAAGAAGAGAGGUGCUUUCAGUUACUGAUGAAAGACAUACUCCGACCGUUUGUACCUGAAUACAAGGGACAAGUGACUUGUGAGGACGGAGAACUGUACUUACAAUUACAAGAUCUACUAAGUGAUUUCGACUGUCCUUGCGUUAUGGACUGCAAAGUUGGAGUCCGAACUUAUUUAGAGGAAGAAUUAGCUAAGGCUAAGGAGAAGACUAAAUUAAGAAAAGAUAUGUAUGAAAAAAUGAUUCAAAUAGACCCAAAAGCGCCAUCAGAAGAAGAACACCGAAGCAAAGGUGUUACCAAGCCAAGAUAUAUGAUAUGGCGGGAAACCAUCAGUUCGACAGCGACCCUGGGAUUCAGGAUAGACGGUGUUAAGAAAGCUGAUGGAACGAGCUCCAAAGAUUUCAAGACGACCAAAACGAGGGAGCAAAUACUGGAGGCUUUCAAGGACUUCACCGCAUCAUUGCCCAGCGCUGUCCCGAAGUAUCUCGAAAGACUGAAGAAUAUUCGAGCAACUUUGAUCGAAUCUCACUUCUUCAGAACACACGAGCUUAUUGGCAGCUCACUGCUUUUCGUCCACGACAAAAGAAAAUCUUCCAUCUGGAUGAUAGAUUUCGCAAAAACGGUUCCCGUGCCUGAAGGAGUGAACAUCGACCACAAUUCAGCUUGGAAAGUUGGUAACCAUGAAGAUGGGUACCUCAUUGGUAUCGACAAUUUAAUCUCCAUCUUUGAAUCCCUAAUAAAAGAUGACAACGGUAACAUUGACCAAUGCUAUUCCAAUUUAAGCUUAGACAAAAACGUAAGAAGAGACUCGUUAGCCACUUGAAAAAGGCUUUGGAAUUGCCAAUACAGAAUAUCGCUCUGUAAUGUCUUGGGCUUUGAAAUCAGCAGUAAAUGUUACUGGAUACAGACUUCGUAUGGAGACGAUGAUACAUAUGUAUAUAUUGACGAUUUGUUCAUUGUAAAUAAUGAUUACAGUAAAGACCGUUAUUGUAUUAUUGAUAAGUUUAUAAUACUCAUCUUAGAGUAGGUUAUGAAUGUUGAUGACUUUAUUUGUAUAGAUUAUCUGAUGAUGUUUAUGUGUCGAUUCUGAUGAAGUAGUUCUCGAACACUUAAAAGUUGGUAAUUAUAUAUAAUUAUGGAACAAGUUUAAUAUACUUAUAUUUCUUCGAAAGAAGAAUAUUGAUUUAUUUAUUUUAUAUAUCAUAUUUAUGAAGUGUUUAUUUAGCUUAUAUAAAAUUAAAAUGUUGUGUAAAAAUAAAUGAAAACAACGAUAUGAUUGUAUUUUUGGUGGUUUUUAAUAAUUUAUUUUCUUCAAUCACAGCACAAAUAAUGUAUCUUGUAAAUAAAUAAAUUAAAAGUAAUGACGAAAUUUAUUGAUACAGAUAUUUAUAACAAAAGAUUUUUUUACAAAAACAGAAACAGGACUACUUUUAUGUUUAGCUAUUUUAUCUUAUACCAGUCAAGUUUUAAUAAGUAAUUAUUAUCAUUACAAUGAAAUCAACCUGAUUCUAACAAAAAUGCACUUGAUGCUGAGAUAUCAACGAAUAAACACAUCUUGUAAUAUAUAUUUAUUUUUGUUAUUGUAACUACACUAUAUUAGUGUAACGACUAGAUAAAACUUUAUUGCUAAGUUAAAAUGUGUAAGGUACAAUAUAUUUGAAGAUACUAAUUAAAAGAUAUCACAAUA